CCUCCUCUCCCCUCACCCCUCCACUAUGGGCACCCCUCACUUUUAAAGCCGGGGCGGUCGCCCUUUGCGCCGCCCCGGGCGGGGGGGGGCACGUUGAAUUAAUUAAAAAUCGCUAUUUACGUGGUUAUUCAUUGCCCCGUUGCGGGCAUGUGAACAACCACCCCCACGCACACCGCCCCCCCCCUCCCCCUCCCCAGUCCCCCCCUCCAUCCAUCCCCCAGCGCCAUGCCGGCAGCUUGCACCCUGCUGCUGCUGCUGGGGUUGGGGCUGGUCCCGCCGGCCGGGUCGUUGCCCCUUGCUUCCCCUCGGCGUGUUCCUCCACCUCCUCCUGCUUCGUCCCGAAGCUGCUUUGGUCGCCCUUGCUCGCCUCCCGCCGCGGGACACGCCGGCAGCCCGGUCACUGAAUUCAACCAUCAGGCAAGAGGUUCGGACCUGCACGUGAGGACUUCUGGUUCUCUGGUGGAUGGUGUGGAGCUGGUGACAAUGCUGGCCAGGAGCAGGGUGGCCAGCAGCCCACUGCCUACCAGGCACGAUGCGGUGUUGGUGACAAGUGGGGCCACGGAGCACAUUGGUCCCCCCAGCAGCAGUGGGGAUGUCACCCCAGCAGGAGCAGGACCCCCAGCCAGCCCAUCUGCUGGGACAGCAGCUCAUCUGCUUGGCCACAAGCAUCUCCUUGCCUCUGGAAGCCAUCACCAUGCUGCUGGCAGCCAUGAGAGAGGCAAGAGGGCUCUGGCAUCUUCCAACACUCCUGAAGCUGCUGAGAGGAUGUCACUGGUUUUGGCAGCCGUGGGCACCAAUUCGGCCAAGAGGAUGCUGAGUGGGUACCACAGGACCUGGGAUGUGGCAGGCUUUGACAACACGACAGGGACGAUGCUGCUGCCUUCAUCUGUGGAGACUCAUCACCCAGGCACUGGCAACUCCUCUCAACUGGGUGGGCCAUCCAACAUCCCUUCCACUGACACUGCAGCCUCCUCACCCAGUCCCACGGGAAGUGGCAGGGGGAUGCUGCAUCCCCUCCCCAGCACCCCCCUCCCUGGCUCUCCAGGACAGCACCAGUCCUCUCCUCAGGCUCCCAGUUCCCAGACUGAUGUAAACCACAUCAUGCUACACCCCAGGAAUGUCACAGGGGACUCCACAAACCCCUUGCUCUCAGCAUCACCUGCUAUGGAUGGCGCUUUGGGAGCUGCUGGCAGCAGCAAUAUGACUGCAGAACACCCAAGGUCUGGGAUCCAAAGGGCAGCACCCAGCUCUGAUGCUCAACCCUUGGCCUCAGCACAGGAAGGUUUCUCCAGGCCCUCCACGGAACACUGGCUCAGCCCUUCUCGCCUGGCUUCAGAAAGCACUGCCGUGGCCCUUGGAAGCAGCUACCAAUCAUCCAACAUCUCAGCCAUGCAGAAGAGAGUUUCAGAUUUCCCCACCUCCAUUUCCACAACAGCCACCAAGGCUGGAGGGAGGACAUUAAGGUCUCUGCCAGCCAGCACCAGUACCUCUGGUACUGAAGUCACCAGCUCUUCAGACCAGAUCCAGUCCCUUGGGAUGUCUUUGGGAGCCCAGGGUGAUGUUGGCAGAGGUGCCACAGACCUGUUCCUCACGGGCUCACCGUCUGCCUCGGAAAGCACUUCUACGACCUUUAGUAGCAAUUAUGAACCCAAGAGCAUCCCAGCUGCAGAAGAAGGGAUGCUGCAUUCGGACGCCCACAGUGCUGACAAACCCAGCGUGGCACUGGGGACAUCUGGGUCCCCUGAAAAUGGCCAUACAGUGACAAGGGGCUCUGCCACCAGCUCCAACCCCGCCAGCUCUUUGGGGGAGACCUUCUCCUUGGGGACUGGGACACACCAUCCUUACAGCUCAAGGGAAGCCACUGGUGUCCCAUCACCUCCCGGGGAGCCUUGGAACACAAGCUCCCUCUCUGCCUCCAACAAUACUUCCAGAGGUGUCAGAAGCAGCCACCAACCAGUUAACAGCCCAGCGACAGAGAAAAAACCCCUUGCUUCCUCUCCCAGAAGUCGUUUUCUUUCACCCAUGGCCACUGGCAGCAGUGGGAGGCCUCCAAGGUCUGCCACAGGCAGUGGCAGGUGGGCAGCAGAGGUCUCUACGUCCAGCAGUGAAAUGUACAGGACCUUGGGCAGGGUCCAGUCCUCAGCAACAUCUUCUAUGAGAGAGACCUAUGGAGUCCACGGGUCCACAGAAAUCAUGGAUUUCACCAGGAGGGUGGCAGACCCUUUGCUAACACACUCUCGUUCUCCUUCAGAAGGUCCUGCCUCAGCUACUGGAAGCAGCCAUGUGUCAUUCAGGAUCCUGCCAGCUGAGAGAAGAACAGAUUUCCCCACCACCAGCACCUCUGUUUCUGCAACAGCUGCCAAAGGUGGAGGGAGGACAUUAAGGUCUCUUCCAGCCAGCACCAGGCUGGCCCAGACAACAGAGAUUUCCACCACUGGUACCAAAACCAUCAGGUCUUCAGAUCAGACCUGGUCCUCUUUGGGAGCCCAGGUUGGUGGUGGCAGAGGUGCUGCUGUGUCAUCCAUGGACCCAUUGCUCACAGGCUCUCUGUCUGCUUUGGAAAAUGCUCCCCAAGAAAAAGGGACCUCAGCUACAGGAGGACACUUGCCCCAUGCUCUUCUCACCAGCACGCCCAGCUCAGUAAUGGCCACCAGUGGUGGGAAGAGGACUAUGGUGCCCAUGUCAGACUCCCAUGGAGCAUCCAGCAUGGCAGGGAGCUCUGUUCCUGCUUCCCCCCACACCAGGUCCUUGGAUAUGGUCCUUCCUAUAUCCUCAUCAUCAUCAGAGCCUGGCAGGCAGAGUGAUGUUUCACAGAGUGAUGCUGGACUUGGUGAGCCUGCAACAAAGCCUCUUCCUUCAUUUCCUCCUGGUAUUUCAGUGCCUUCACCUUCUCCAAGUGCUUCAGAGAGAGGAAAAGGAGUUUCCGGUGCCCCUGCUGAUACCACAUACACUUUGACUGCACUCUCCAGCCAUGAAGAGGGGACAUCUCAGGCUGCUGUUAGGCAUGGCACAUGGAGCACGGCAGCAGCAAGCCCCACGUCUCACCCAGACACAGCCAGGCAGCCCCGCACCGGCCCCCUCCUGUCCUCUGUGGCAUGGCCUGGGACAGUAGAUGUCUUGUCUGGUCAGAACCCAGAGCCUGGGGUCACCCUUUCAUCCAGGGUCUUCACGUACUUCUCAGCUGCUGGUGAACCUUCCACUGUGGGCAGCAGCCAUCACUCCCUAAGCAGCUUGAGUGCCAAGGAAAGGAUGUCCAGCCCCAUCGCUGAUCCUGCCUACAGUUCAUCCACAUCUGCUGGUGAUGGGGAGCAGACUGUGCCCUCAGAUGGUACACUGGCUGGUGGCUCCUACUCUGAAACCCCCAGGUCUCCAGGGCUGGAUGAGCUGGUCCUGGUGAAGCAGAGAGGGAUGGCCAACACCUCCACCACCCAUGGGGGCUUGGCAGUGGAGACACUCUUUGUACAUUCUUCCAAGAGACCCACUUCUUCUUUCCAAAGCGACCUCACCAGCUUUUCAAGUAGCCAUCAGCCAGUCAGUAGCAACGAUGCUGAGAAAAGGACCUCAGUUUCUCAUACUGAUGGCACAUAUAUUUCAACCACAUAUACCAGAGGAGGAGAAAGGACUCUCCUGUCUAUCUCAAAUAGCAGCACCUCUGCUGACUCCUCGGAAAGUUCCACCUUUUUUUCUGAAAUUUCCAACCCUUCUGAUUCAUUGAAGUCUUCUGUGGCACAGGACAGAAAGAGGAAUGUAUCCAGGGAUGGCAGUUUUGUUGAACCAUCUACAGAGCCGUUGUUGGUGCACUCUUCCAAACUGUUGACUUCUGCGUCUGCAGGCAGCACACCCAAUACAACUGUCUCCAACACCAACCCUGAGUUGUUGACCACUGGCAGAUCAUCUCUAUCUUCGUCAGCAUUUCCAGCCUCUUCCUCAGUGUCAUCACUGCAUCACUUGCUGUCAGCAACACCAACACCAACUUAUUUGUUUACAUCAUCAGAGUCACCUGAGCCACUCUCAUCCUCUGUGAUGGCAUCUUCACCCCCUCUGCAGGCUUUGUCAUCCUCCUUGCCCACUUCCUCGUUGCGUUCCCCAUCUUAUUCGUUAGCAUCCUUGCUGCCUCUGUUUUCGUCAACAUCAUCAGCCUCACAGUCCAAUGACAGUGAUCAACCAAGCACCUCUAUAGCUACGACUGUGGUCAGACAGGUUCCCUCCACAGCUGCUGUGGCUGGGAGCUCACCAAGAGGGACCAACAAGCACAGUGUCACACACCAGCCCCAAAACAGCACCACCUUCACCUCUACCAGGUCUCCUUCUUCCACAGAGCCCAUGGAGCAGCUUGGUGGACCCAUUGUGUCCAUGUCUGCUCCCAUGACAGUGACAGAGACUGCCCCCCCCAGUGGCACCACUGCCCAACGGGGCAGCUUCGGGAAGGUAACGCUGUUGCCCACGACGUCUGGUGGUGCCCCGUGGGUUCAGCCAACAGAUGCCCCCCUUAGCUCCUCACCAACAAACCACAGUGUCACUGUCCCUGUGGUGGCACUGACCACGGUGAACCCUUCUGUGCUGACAACACCAGCCAGUCGCUGGCCAACCCCAGGUGCUGCUAGUACCACAAAAGCCCACGUCACUCAAACGCCUGCUGUAACUAAGCACGGGUCUACCACUGGCGAAAGCACAGAAGCUGUGAAUCCCACCACUGCAAGGCCUGGUAAAGAGGAAAACAUCCCUGUUACAAAUCCUUCUGAAGUCCCUCCAGCCAGCACUGUGAGCAUUGCAACCACUUCAGCUGCUACCAAACCAACCACUGUUCCUCUGCCAAGUAGCACAACUGGGCUGAAGACAACGUCUCCAGCAACAGAAGUGGAUAAAUGUCUUUCCAACCCUUGUCCUGCACUGGCCACCUGCAACAACACGCAUGGCUCCUAUAUCUGUCAGUGUCCUCUUGGAUAUGAGCUGGAAAAAGGAAAGUGCAAUUUAGUGAGAAUAUUUAUUGGCCAGGUGCCCCUGAAACUUAAUGUUACCCAUGGGAAGUACACGGAUCUCCUCCACGUUGAGAGUGAAAUCCUAGCAAUGCUCAAUGCAUCACUGUCGGGCUUGCCAGGGUAUCACCACUCCACAGUUAAGGCGAGCAGGGAGGCAAAUUUUGUGCAUGUUUCAGUGCAAUCCACAUUCUCUUUAGCAUCCAAUGUGACUUUCUACGAUGUUGUCAGCAGUGUGAAAAGCUACAUUCGAGCCUGCAAAGCCCCCACCGAUGCCUGCCAGUUCAUCUCCAGCCUCAAACCACUCCACAGAGUUGGCAGCUUGUGCAAGCAGAAAGACCCCGAAUGUGACAAGGAAACGUCGGAAUGCACUGACUUUGAUGGGGUUGCACUCUGCCAGUGCAAAAGUGGGUACUUCAAAUACAACAAAAUGGACCACUCCUGCAGAGCUUGUGAAGAUGGAUAUAAGCUGGAAAACGAGACCUGUGUGAGCUGCCCAUUUGGCUUAGGUGGCUUCAACUGUGGAAACCCGUAUCAGCUCAUCACUGUGGUGAUCGCGGCUGCAGGAGGGGGACUUCUGCUUAUCAUGGGCAUAGCACUGAUUGUCACCUGCUGCCGGAAGAAUAAAAAUGACAUAAGUAAACUCAUUUUCAAGAGUGGAGAUUUCCAGAUGUCACCGUAUGCUGAAUAUCCAAAGAACCCCCGAGCACAGGAGUGGGGCAGAGAGACCAUCGAGAUGCAGGAGAAUGGAAGCACCAAGAACCUGUUGCAGAUGACAGAUGUGUAUUAUUCGCCAACUGGACUGAGAAAUCCCGAACUGGAAAGAAAUGGACUUUAUCCUCCCUACACUGGUUUGCCUGGAUCUCGACAUUCAUGCAUCUACCCUGGACAAUACAAUCCAUCCUUCAUUAGUGAUGAAACCAGAAGAAGAGACUAUUUUUAGUGAGGAGUGGAGAGGGAGUGGAAAACUGAUGGACCUUUGUCACCCUUAAUCCCCAGGUACAAUCUAUCUCCUGGGUAGUUCAAACAUACAUCAUUCUUACUCUUCCCAUUUAACAGGAAGGACUUUGAACUCCAUGCCAAGCACAGCUGCCCUGAGGAAAAGUUACACUUGCUGAGCAGCAGAGAGAAGGAGAAAAUGGCUCAAGGUGCAUAGCAUUCAAAAACCCAGAUAGAAGUUAACACGUGCUCUGAAUUUGUUCUGUGCUGCUUCCUCACCCUUUACACUACAUGGCAAGCAGGGAUCAGCACAGGCAGAUGAACUCUGCCCAGCACUCUGGGAUCGUUUUGUUUACAGAUCUUGUUCACUGUUGAUUGUGCUUCUCUUCCUUGAUGGUCUUCAUGCAAAGAUUCACUGUGCAACAGCUUUUGGCAGGAAAAAUUUGUCCACUCCCCUUUUACAUCUCUGCAUUGCUUCCUUCUUUGUACAUGAUAGGGAAGCUGGCUUGUCCUCUGGCCCUCACCCUCCUACUAGAAGUUCUGUGGAUGUCUGGGUCCUUGCUGAAGCCUGGAGCCUGGCAGAGUUGGCUGAAUUCAUGGGUUGAUUCUCUCUGGAGAGUACAGAAAAGUUAGACAUACCACUACAAUUUUUAAUUGAAAAAAGGCACACUUGAUCCUAUGUACCACUUUGAAAACUUCCUGUACAUAGGGAGGAGUCCAAGUACGUUGUUGUUUUUGUGAGCCAGAGUUGUUCAGAAGUGAUGCCACUAAAGAUCUUCACAGUGCUUCAUUAUAGGGUCUUAUGGGGCUCUGUUAACCUGCCAGGAUUUAAAUGCCUGUGGUAACAGCAAUAUAGUGUUAAAUAACUGCUCACAGGAAAGAAAAAGAUGAGCUGGGGAUUCAGUAUGCUCCUUAUGAGGAAUCUGAGAAGGAACAAUAAUGCUAUAGCCCUGGCUGGGCAGUGGAACCUAAAUUCUGGGCAUUGCAAGUGGGACAUAGUUUUCAAGCCUCCACAGCCCGUCUUGACUUCUGUAGGAGCUGUGGAGGCUUUCAUUACAUUGGAAAACAUAGCAACUGCUCUCAGUUGCAUUAAAGGAAAAAAAAACCAUCUUGCUUUCUGUCCUAGUGCAGCAAAGAUCACUUGUGUUGAAGUGUUUUGCUUUCUGCUGUGUUAGUUUCAAGUGAUUCAUCCCAGGUAGGUUUCCUUACCUAGGUGUGUUAAGUCAUAUUAACAACCUCAGAAAAAGCUAAAGAAUGUAAGCUAUUCCAUUGCUCACCCAAGAUAAGAUUGAAAGCUCAUGGACUGUAUUCUGACCUGAAAUGGGUGUUGAAGGAGAUCUCAUUCAUGCAGUGUACAUACCACUUAUCUUCACUGCAGUCACCCAAACCCUUUCCAGAUACAGGGUCCAGAUACAGAGCCUGCCUUUGCAUGUAACUGUGCUUUUAAUUCAAGGUGGAUGCUUGUAUGAGGAUAUCAAAUAGCACAAAUCCUUCCUUAGCCAUCAAUCCACCAUCUCUGUAGCAUGUACAUAUGCUAGUUUCACUGAAGAGCACAUACCCUCUGAUAUUCCCUUCUCUGCCCUGCUUGAAAAGACACAGAGUCUACAAGUAAGUUUGUGCUGUAGCUCAGCUCACUGGAGCACUGAAGACCAUGGGAUGCACUCCCCAAAGUGCCUAACACCAGUGAGAAUAGCAGUUCAGAGGCUGACAUGUUGUGUGGUUGCUGACAGAAGGCAAAGUUGAGGUGAUGAGAAGCCCUCCAUCAGGGAGCAGGUACUGGCGUCCUACAGGUGGUGUGAAUAACUUCAUCCUUUCCCAGCACUUUGAAGGCUGUUGUGUUCCCUAUCAAAAGUGAGCAACAGAUACCCAGGUGAAGGGCAGCUAACACUAGGCUGUCUUUAGCUAGGUGGGCCAAGAAGUUUCUGUUCCCUGCUCACAUUUGCUUCUGUUUUCUUGAAACUGCAAGGCAGGAAGGGUGCUGCAAAUGGGCUUGAGAAGAUAUAGUUUGGUGCCCCAGCCAUAGCACACAAACACUGGCUUUUUAGGUCUCAUCCCUGGAGAAAAACAGAUCUUUAUGGAUGCCUAGGGCAGUAUGCUUUGCACUUUUAACAUGAUCUUUUUGGCACCAACAUGUGCCACUUCAUUCCUUUCUGAUCCAUAAUUGGUCUCACAGGUGACAGUAUACAGCGUAUCUCAACUGUAGGGAGGAAAUUAAUGGGUGCUUAGGAGAAGUACAGUUACCAAAGCAGCUAGAUCUGUGGAAAAGUCAAGUUACAGUACCCAAAACAGUGUAGCAGAUAGAGCACUGGAGGUAGCUGUACCCUGCCAUGCUGAUCAAUGUUGCCAGUCCAUGAAUGAUGUUCCUCUCCCUUUUGUUUGCCACUGGUAUCUUAAUUGCACAGGGUCCACCGGAUGAUGUGAACUCACACGGAAGUUUGCAAGUAAUUUGUUUCAUUUCUUAAUGAUCUUCAGAUUCUUCUUAAUGCUGUAUUUGGAGUGAAAGGGUCACAGCAGGAUUAUCUAGGCAGUAAAACCUGGCCUUUUCCAAAAGAGAGAACUUAAUUGCACCAAAAUUUUCUCUCUGCGGGAGCAGGUAAAUAUUGGGAUACUUCUUACGAGAAUGUAUCCAUUGCAGUCUGACCUUCCUUUUAGCUUCAGUAGGAAAGGAAUCAUGGAGCCAAUGCAUGGUCUACAGAAUGAGGAAAAGGGUCUCCUGAUCUGUAGCAGCUUCUCUGGGUGUCCCAGGAGGCCCUGCUCAACAGGCAAUAGAGGAGCUGGGCAGGUGUCACCAUGGGGGUGAGGGCAGGUGCUUUCUCAUGUGGUGAUCCAGGAAGUAUUUAUGGAGCUGGGGGAUGCAGCCUGGGGUGAUUUCCUCCCCUCGGUCUCCACCAGCCCAGCCACUCCCCUGCUGCAAUGCUUCCAGCUUCACCCACGCCCUGCCAGCUCCCAGCACCCCUGGGGCAGGAGGGGUGCGUGCACUGUGGUGUGGUUUGCCACAGUUUAUGGAAGUUAUUUUACUGUGAUUAUUUACUACCACAUCCCAGCAGCAAUAUAGGCUUUCCGGGAGCAGCAAGGAUGGGACCUGUUGCUGUGCCUCUGAUAAAGGUGCCACCAGGAACCUAUGUGUCCACUCCCAUCUCUGCUAUAAACUACACAUCCUCUGGCAGUUGGGUGGGGUUUGUCACUCCUCUUGGAUGUGAGAGGGGCCUUUACAUGGCCUCAAGCCUCUUUCAAGUGUGGAUGACUUUCUGCUCAGUACCUAACUCCCUGUAGGGUGUCUAAAUAAAUGCUGCUUAUUUCUCACACUAUUUAGAUUACUUUUAGCUACCCCAAAUAGCAAUUCUUUUAGCACACUGGAUAUUUUUUUUUGCCAAGGGGAAUUGCUCUCUGCUCUCCAAGAGGAUAAGAUAGAAGUGGCAUGUUUCUUGUAAGGAAGAUGCAAGUGGUGCAGACAGAUAUGGGGAGAGGAAGAAAAAUUACACCAAUGCUGCACAGAAAUCUGCUCUUGCUCCUUGCUGCUGUGAAAGGCUAGGGAAGCAGUCAGCAAGGGACCAUGGACAGUUGUUGUGGGUGUAUUUUUGAUUAACUUUGGGAAAAAAUGCUAAUUCUGUUGUUUGACAUGAAAAUCUGUGGGAGGCACACAUUUGCUGCUACGGUGCUCUGCCAGUUGUGCUGACAAAAGCCCCUCACCCACAGAAAUGCCCCUGGCAGCCAGCCUGGGAGAGGCAGCCCCAGUGAACAAAGCAGCAAAUACACAAAUACACAGAAUUCAGGAAUCAGUCAAAAGAGAGGCUCAUACAUGCGGCCUUCCUGUCUCCCUGUCAUCUACUGCUGCUCAUUGUGGCUGGCCCUCCCAGCUACACUGGAAAAAUCACGGGCCUUUUGCAUACUGUUGAAACCUCACAGCACAGAACUGGGCUAUACGAGGAAAAGGAGUUUAUUUUUUACAUUUAAAGCAUUGGGUCUCACAGGAGCAAUGAAUCUUGCUGCUAUUGCAGCAUCUCCUGUCAGCCUCUCUGUCACAUACAUCUGCUGACCCCUUGUCACUAGCAUUCUAAAAGGUAUUUUCCUCCACACUGAGCAAUAGUAAUAGGCUUUUGAAAAGCAGCAGUAAGUUGCAGUUAGAGAACAGUGUUUGUCAUGGUGAAAUUGUUUCUGCCAGUUGUUUGCCAGGACCUGAGCCAACAGCAGAGCAGGUUUGGAUGUUGCUGCAGACACAUUGAGUGCUACCCCAGGACUUGUCUCUAAUGCUGGUCAAUGGCCGUGUCCAUUCCAAAUCCAGCUGGACUUCCUACUCCCUCAUAUUGAUGCUUAAUCUUUAGUGUUCUUCCUUAGAUUAAAAACAACAGAUGCAUUUUCCUUGCAUUUGUCAGCAUAGGAAGAGUAUUUUUUUUCCUCUUUGCACACAAAGGACCAAAACCAGCAUCCAUUAUAGUGACUGGGGUAACUCUCCCAUGGACUAUAGUAGAAGGUUUUUUGGGGGGCUGAAUUAUUCUACCACCAGGGUCACCUGUGUGUAGUACAUGCUUUGCCAUGGCUCUGUGUUGUACUUAUUUCUGUGACACUGUUGCUGCCUUUCCAUAUUGUGUUUCUUUUUUAAAAGUGUACUUAUCACUGUAGCAGGACCUGUGUUAUGUGAGAUUGUGCAACAGACAGGUUCAAGAUCUGAAACACCUUCCUGCAAAGAGAAUUAAUGUGAAUUUUGUGUAGCUGUUUUACUGGUCAGCCAACUUGUUUCCUUUUGUGUAAGAUCUAGGGAUGUGGAGGUGCUUUCUGCAGUCACAGAUAAGAACUCCACUGCAGCUUGUCCCUUCAGAAAUGAAGAGCUCUCAGUUUCAAAUGACAUAUGCACUGUGUGCUGGUAAGAUUUCAGAAGCUUUGCAAUGUGUAUUUAAGUCUUCAUUCCAUUGAACUGCUGGAAUUGAAAAGGAGGACAGAAAUCCAUGAAGGGAAGGGGAAAAAAGGAAAAAAGGAGUAUGCUUGUUUUACAGAAGUGAAUGUCUAAAGUGUGGCUUCUGUAUUUCAAGGUCUGCUUUGUGUUGCCUAAGUAUAGUUGCCUUGUUGGGGGAAAACUUAGAGAAGGUGCUUGAUGUUCCUCAAAAGUAGUAUGUAAAUGCUAAGUCCCUGAGUCUUUUAGUCUUCUAAAAUGCUAGAAGGGAUGGGAGUCUUGUUUGGGUCAAUGACUGCAGCAGGCAGUCCCUAGCUCUGCAAAAUCUUAUAUGGAAAAGUCUUGUAGAACACAGUUAAAACUCAUUACUUUUCUUGAACAAUGCCAUAGAUUUCACCUGACAUAAAAGGUCUCAAAAAAAAUCUGCUAGAAUGUGUUUGCUGUAA